UCUUUGCUCGCAUCUCUGUUACUGCCUGCAUUGCGUGUGCACUGUGCACCGCGUACACUUCCGGGUUGUUCAUUUCCUGCACCAGGGGUUUUCCAGGAGGGAUGGAUGACGACGAUGACUUCGGAGGCUUUGAGGCUGCAGAGGGCGGAGACGGUGCGGCGCAGGUCACCGUUUCCCCGGCGAUCCCGUGGGCUGCCCUCUCCUCAGUUCCAGGGAUGAAGCUGGCGACGGGGGCCCCCCCGGACAUCCUGAUGGAUCAGCAGCCGUCCUAUCAGACAGACUCCCUGGAGCCCGCCCCCCCCGGGACCCCGCCAGAGCAGCCCCAGGUCUCCCCUGACCCCGCCCCCGACGGCCCGACCACCUCCACCACGCAGCACGCAGCUCCCGCCGCCGACUCCCCCGACUCUACGGAAGCCCGCGAGGCCCACAGCCAGGUGCAGCAGGUGGUGUGCAGCCUGCAGACGCAGCUGGCCGCCAGCGAGGAGGAGAAGGCCCGCAUCCAGCAGGAUCUGGAGGAAAUGAUGGCGAAGCAGGCCAGGAUGGAGGCGCUGUUCCAGAAGGAGAAGGGGGCGGAGUCCGAUCUCCACCGGAAGCGCUACGCUGAACUCCAGGAGCAGCACGGCGUGAGCCUGGAGGACAUGCGGAGGGCGGGCCACGAGUCCCUGAGGAUCAUCGUGGAGGAGUUUAAGGCCUUGACCAGGUCGGCUGUGGAGCAGCAGCAGGAAGUGGGCGAGGCUCGCCUGCAGACCGCCCUGGAGGAGCAGAGACACCGGUGUGAGGAGCUGAUGGAGGCCCAGCACCGGCGGCUGCUGGACCUGCUGGACGGCGAGCGCGAGGCCCUGGAGGAGAAGCUGAGAGAAACGCUGAGUCAGCAAGCCCAGCAUCACAGGGAGGAGCUGGAGAAAUGUAUGCAGGAGGAGAAGCAGAGAGCAGAACGGGCCAUAGAGGCAGCUGUGCAGGCGCAGGAGGGCCGGCUGAAGGAGGCGGUGCUGGAGGCGGUGCAGGAGGAGAGGAGGCGGGCCGAGCGGCAGCAGGCGGAGCAGAGGGCGGAGUGGGAGGCGGAGCGUCGCAGGGACCGGGACUCGCUGGACCAGGCCAUACGGGACGCCCUGACGGACCAGCGGAGAGCCAGCAAGGAGGUGCUGCGGGAGGCCGUGGAGGAGGAGCGGCAGGCGGGAGAGAGGAGGCUGCAGGAGGCCACGCUGAAGGUGCGAGAGGAGCUCAUGGACUUCAUGAAGGAACAGAAGAGGCUGGAUCAUGUGACCCGGAAGAAGAACCUGGCCAGUCUGGAGCUCUUCCUGUCCUGUGCCCAGAGGCAACUUUCGGGGCUCCUGCAGGACGGCCCCCCAGCGGAGGAGGAGGAGGAGGAGGAGGAGGGGGGGAACGUGGACACGCCCGCCAGCAGCCCCAGCCUCUGACAGCUGCCCCGCCCCGCCCCGCCCACCCCACCCACCCCACCCACCACCACAUCCCUCUCAAACUUACUGGACCCCCCCCCCUCGUCCCACCCACACCCCACCCCAACUCAAAUUGCACAUCACGCAGCAGGUUAAUAUCAUCACUACUGCCCUGAAGGGCCUCUUCCUGUUCAAAGGCUGUUUCUGUCAAUAAUCCUAGUGGAGCGGGUCGAAAAACUCCAGCUCGAUUUCCCCCCCCCCCCCCCCGUCCAUCCAUUUGCUUCUGACGAGCAGCAGGGUCGUUCUGGCCACGAUCGCAUCCCUUAAUCCGGUGCGCGCUGUUGUCUGAGAAGUGUCCUUGUGUUUGACCGUUUCUUCCCUGUCUUGUACUCUCUGCACUCGAGCCUUUUCCACAGCACACACACACACACACAUACACGCGCACACACACACACACACACAUACACGCACACACACACACACAGGAGGGCGGUCGCUUUGCCUCCUUCCAUGCAAAAUGAAGCGUGAAUGUUUUUCUUUUUUGUUUUGAUGAUGAUGAUGAUGAUGAUAUCUUAUGUAAUUUUUCUCAUCCUUACUGGCGAUGUGAACAACGAAGGGCUUAAUCAAGUGUUGUUCAUGGAAUGUACGCUGAAGGGCUUUCGGCAAUAAAGUUUCAGAACUCAAAACGAAAAACAUCUGGAGUGCGCAGCGCUUUCAUGGUAUUUAACGCAACGCAAACAGCCUUCUCUUUGAGCUGCCCGCCUGCCUGCGGCGUCGUGUUUGUGUGUUUGUAAUGACAUUGGGUGUUCAAAUUUUGGUUGUGUCCCUGGGUUGUGUGUUGCUGGGUGCUGAUGUUGUGAACGUUGUCUUAACACCAAAGUGGGCCUCAUACAUGUCAUUUAGAGUGAGCUCUUUUGUGCCUUUGCUUUUGCUCAUUAAAAUGUAUCCAGGGUGUAGAGUUGGACCCCUGUCUGCCAGCCCCCAUCUGGGGGGGGGGGGUAUUAAAUGCAGCCAUGCAGAAGAGCGACCGUUUGGGUCUUUCGCCAUGGCGACGGUGAGAAGGUGAAGGGUGGAGGUGAGCCUGGACCCGUACAGCCGCCAGACAGCCUGCCGAACCACCGCCCCUGAACCGCCAACACUCAGAAAUAAGCACCCAGCGCUUUAAUCAAGACAAACCAUGAGCUGGAUCAGGUGGUUUCCGGUGCCUGGCAACAGCCAGCGCCCCUGGGCCCAAGGUACGAGGGGCCCCUGGUCAAACAGGUAUUUGGCCCGACUUCUGCAGCAGGUUGGAAAAACACAUUUGCACAUGCUCAGACGGUCCUCUCAUCUGAAAAUGAGGAAAAUCGAAUAGCAGGCGGCAACGGGAGAAGUUGUUCAGCAGACAUCCUGUCUACCCAGGAGCCAAUGGCGUAGGGUCAGCCGAACUGUCUGAGCACUCAUUGGUCAGUAUGCUGAAGGGGGAACUGCCAUAAAUAUGGGACAGAGAAAUUAUUGUAUUACUUGCUGCAUUCAGUUCAAAAGCAAUUCAUCAAUGUGUGUCAGUGUUUUUUUUGUCUCUCUUCAUAACUGAACCAGUUAGGUGCUUCUCCCACAGAUAUCAUAUGGGAUGGGGAUGAAAUUAAAUUGCCUGUCGUGCCCAUUACCACAACAGAAAUGUCCUGUAGAUUCCCAAGUCCCUCUUUGAGGCAAUAUUUUAUUAAAUGUACAAAGGAAUAUUUGCCAGAAACAACAAGAGAAAUUGAAAAAUAAUGAUGUUCCAUGUCGUGGUUGGGCUGGCCUUUGUUAGUUUGUGUUAAAGCGGUUUCUCAUCUGUGUAAAUUGUGUGUCCUUGGUGAAGGGUUUGGUUGCAUCUAUAAGUUCUGUUUGGAUCACAGUCUGUCUGUUUCUCUAAAUUCCAUUUUUGCGGUAAAUUUUCAAUACGUUUAUCA